CCGUACAUUCCAUCGCAGCGCGGAUGGCUACGGCUUACGGUAACUACGAAAGUCUGCACUCUCGGACAGUGUGCAGAGGGAGGUGUAGCCAAAGUUAUGAGUAGUGGACUGAUACUAGCCGGCGUUGGUUUGGCUGCUGUAGGCUUUGGUGCACGUUAUUUAUGGACUGAUACUAGCCGGCGUUGUUUGGCUGCUGUAGGCUUUGGUGCACGUUAUUUAGUGAGGAAUCAAGCAUUAAUCAAGAAAGGUCUCGAAGCUCUCCCAGGUGGAGUGUUUGAAAAGUAUCACCGAGGCGGUUUUGAACCUAAAAUGACACGAAGAGAAGCAGCAAUGAUUCUCGGACUACCAGCCACAGCUAAACCAAAUCGAAUUAAGGAAGCUCACAAACGGAUUAUGAUCGUCAAUCAUCCCGAUCGAGGUGGUUCGCCAUACCUUGCGUCGAAAAUCAACGAAGCGAAGGACUUACUAGAGUCGUCAAAAACGUGA